AAACAAGAGGAGCCGGAGGCCUUCCAAGCGCUCGAGUCUCUUUGCAAAACAACACCUACCACCACGGUCAAUCAUACUGACUUUGAGUGACUGCAGUUUCAUCCCAUUGUCCUGAGCAUCGAGACUAUGGGCCCAGCUCCAAAACUAGACACUGCAGAAGUCCAAAUGGGGGUAUGGCAUGCACGGCAGUGGAAAUUCUACCGUUCAACAGUGCUUGCAUCAUUACACAGAUCGGAGGAAGCAGAGAAACAGGCUGACGAGAUGCUGUACUAUCGCCAAAACUAUUGCCAUAUGUAGAUGUCUCUUAGCUCUCCCUUCUUUAUGUUCAUUUCAUCGCUAGUUUUAUCAACUAGACCAGACGUGGUAGGCUUGAUAGAGUCCGUCGUUCCGAUCAAUAUAAACUCAACCUCCC